AUGUUGCAAACAGAGGCACUAGAGAGUCGCCGACCCGCCGGUUAUACAACCAAAGUCCGAGUGCGCGACCGAUAUCGAAUCGUGGGCUUCAUCAGCAGCGGUACCUACGGCCGAGUGUACAAAGCGACCGGUCAACAUGGCAAAGAGGGGGUAUUUGCGAUCAAAAAAUUCAAGCCCGACAAGGAGGGUGAAACGAUCCAGUACACCGGUCUUUCUCAAUCUGCGAUUCGUGAAAUGGCCCUUUGCACCGAAUUGUCCCACGCCAACGUCGUUCAGCUUGAGGAAAUUAUUCUCGAAGACAAGUGCAUUUUCAUGGUGUUUGAGUACACAGAGCACGAUCUGCUCCAGAUCAUUCAUCACCAUACGCAGCCCCAGCGGCAUGCUAUACCAGCCUCGAUGAUCCGUUCAAUUCUAUUCCAGCUACUGAACGGCUUGCUUUAUCUGCACACCAAUUGGGUCUUGCAUCGUGAUCUGAAACCGGCGAACAUUCUGGUCACGUCCAGCGGUGCCAUUCGAAUCGGCGAUCUGGGUCUCGCUCGCUUGUUUUAUAAACCACUCAAUUCGCUGUUCUCCGGGGAUAAAGUGGUUGUGACAAUAUGGUAUCGCGCACCGGAACUGCUUCUCGGGAGCCGCCAUUACACACCGGCCGUCGAUAUGUGGGCAGUGGGCUGUAUCUUCGCAGAGCUCUUGUCGUUGCGGCCCAUCUUCAAGGGAGAAGAGGUCAAGAUGGAUAGCAAGAAGACUGUCCCGUUUCAGCGGAAUCAAAUGAUGAAGAUUGUCGAAAUUCUUGGGCUGCCCCGGAAAGAAACAUGGCCUGGUCUUGUGGCUAUGCCGGAAUACAACCAAUUGCAGUCUCUGGCUCUACAUCGGCAGCCAGCGCAUUUCCAUCGCGGUCAUAGUCUCGAAAGCUGGUAUCAAAGUUGCUUGAAGAAUGGUGCAUAUUCCUCGUCAUCAAAGGCCGGAUCCCCUGGGUCAGACGGAUUUGACCUUCUCUCACGCAUGCUGGAAUACGAUCCAACAAGACGUAUCACGGCCCAGGAGGCCCUAGAACAUCCGUAUUUUACCAAUGGUGGCCCGAUCAGUGGGGACUGCUUCAGCGGAAUCGAACACAAGUAUCCUCAUCGCCGCGUCACGCAAGAUGACACCGACAUGCGCACCGGUAGCUUGUCUGGCACGAAGCGCAGUGGGCUUCCAGACGACUCGCUCUUGAGAGCUGCGAAACGGCUCAAGGAGUAA